GUGUUCGGGCGGCGCAUGCGCGGUGCAGCGCCCCCCCCCCGCGCCCCAUGGCGUCCCGUGGCCGCGCUCGGGGCCGUGGGGCGCUGACGUUCAGCACGGAGGCGGUGGGCAUCGGGAAGGGCGACGCGCUGCCGCCCCCCACCCUGCAGCCCUCCCCGCUCUUCCCGGCCGUGGAGUGCCGGGCGGUGCCGCUGCCGGGGGGGGAGGAGGUGGAGUACAUGCUGGCGCUGAAGCAGGAGCUGCGGGGGGCCAUGAAGGGGCUCCCCUACUUCGUCCGCCCCGGCGCCCCACACAGAGACAUCGAGCGCUACUCGGAUAAAUACCAACUGUCCAGCCCCAUAGAUGGGGCCAUCGAGUGGAACCCAGAUUGGCGGCGGUUCCCGCGGGAGCUGAAGAUCCGCGUGCGGCGGCUGCGCAAAGGCCGGAGCUGUGCGCCCCCCCCCCGCACUGCGCCGCGCCCCCCCCCCCCCGAUAAGGAGGAGACCAUAAAGAAGUUGGAGCACCUGGAGAAGAAGGAGGAGGAAGUGACGUCAGAGGAGGAGGAGAAGGAGGAGGAGGAGGAGGGGGAGGGGCGCGACGAGGAGGGGGAGGAAUACGACGAGGAGGAGCACGAGGAGGAGACCGAUUACAUCAUGUCCUACUUUGACAACGGGGAGGACUUCGGGGCGGACAGCGAUGACAAUGGGGACGAAGCGGUGUACUGAUGGAGGACACCCAUCGCAGCGCCAUCAGCUCCCGUGGACCCCCACCCCGCAGUGCCCCCCCCCUCGUGGAGCUGUGUCCCCCACUGCGGUCUGCAGUGCCCCCCCCCAUUGCGCUGCGCUUCUCCGCGCUGCCAGCAGAGGGCGCUGGAGGUGCGCUGAUGGGUACGGGGGGGGCGCCGUGGGGGGGGGGGCGCCUCCUAUGGGGACACCGCACCGCCCCACAGUGGGGGGUCACCCAACGCCCCCCCCCCAAAUCGGACCAAAGGGUUUUUAUGCGCUUUUAUGUCACUUUUUAACCUGGGGGGGGGAGGGGGGGGGGGUACAGA